AUGAACGCCGUCGCCAACCGCUGCGCUGACCGCCUGCCGGCCAACUGCAGCGUGUCGCGGCUGGCAGUGUUUGUAGCCCUGGUCACCUGCAUCGUGCUGGUGUCGCUGACGUUUGAUGCCGACAGGAUCGAGGGGCUGCUGGUGUGGGUGCAGGACAACAAGCGAGAGGGCAGCGUGCUGUUCCUGCUGGUGUACACGGUGGGGGUGGUGCUCAUGUUCCCGGCCAUGGUGAUGGCGAUGGCGGCGGGCGCCGUGUUUGGCAUGCUGUGGGGCACGCUGCUCGUCUGGCUGGGCAGCAGCGUGGGCCAGACGCUGGCCUUCAUCGUUGGAAGGUACCUGCUGCGUGAGCUGGUGGUGCAGUACCUCACCCGCCAGUUCCCCAAGUGGACCGCCAUAGACAAGGCGCUGGAGAGCGAGGGGUGGAAGCUGGUCACCCUGCUGCGCCUCAGCCCCAUCGCGCCCUGGAAUGUCCUCAACUACGCGCUCAGCGUGACGGCGGUGCCGCUGGCGGCCUACGUGGCGGCGUCCACGCUGGCGAUCCUGCCCUACCUGCUGCUGUUUGUCUACUUUGGCUCGCUGGCCCGCAACCUGGCCGACAUCUUCACGGGGCGGGCGGGGCUGGGCACCAACACCACCAUCGCUAUGGCCGCCAUCAGCGGCGUGCUGAUGGUGGUGAUUGUGGCCUACACCACCCACAUCUCGCGCAAGGCCAUCAGCAGCGCGCUGCUGACCAGCGGCGACGAGCAGACGGUGGAGAUGGCGGCGGACCCGGAUGUGGCGGAGCUGCUCAGGGUGAACAGCGGCGACAUGCAGGCGGCGGCGGAGCACAUGGCGUCUCCCCUGGGGUCGGGCCGCACCAGCCUGCAGCACCACGCGUCCCCCUUCAGCGGCGGCGGCUCGCCGCGCACCGACGGCGUGGAGCUGUCGGCGGUGCUGGUGGGCGGCGGCGUCAAGCCGGGCAGCUCGCCGCCGCCGCUGAGCUUUGAGCAGCAGCACCUGCUGGCCAAGAAGAACACGCCCGCCACGGCGGCGGAGCGGGCGCUGCUACUGGACCGGCUGCAGCAGCAGGAAGCCGGGGGCGGCUCCUCGGCCGCAGGCGUCAGCAAGGUGCACCAGCGCGCCAGCGCAACAGGCGGCCCGCCCAGCGGCACCUCCCCGCUCGGCGGCCCGGCGGCGGCCAGGAACCGCCUCUCCAGCGUGUCUGCUGUCUGA